AUGAAACAAACAGAGGAAUGGAAGCCAGAGAUAUCCACCCUCUCAGAACAAAAACAGUCUGUUACGGCUCCUGCAGAACGCUUCCACCCGCCUCCUUCCUCGACUCGGCCACAAGAUCCCGCAACAUCCCCAAAAGAUGCACCUUGGGCGCCACGCGCUCGACGACGCAGCUCCACCGCGGCGCCUCCCCCUCAUACCGAAUCUGAUACCAGGCCCCGACGUUGCUUCGUCUCGCCCCUCGGGCGUGACCACCGCAUCGAUCACCGCGUCCGUCCGCGGGUGGAACUGCGGAUCGAGCCGGAAGACCACCUGCGCCAGCCCGUCGGCGAUCCUGUCGGCGUGCUGGUCCGCUGCCAGCCCGGCCGGGAUCCAGGCCCGGAACGCCCAGACGUGGCCGGCGUGGUCGCGGAACGCCUGCGUCUGGACGAGGGUGUGGCUACCGUGGCCGGUGGGGUCCUCGAGAGCGACCAGGCCGCCUUCGACGAUGGAGUACGCUAUUGCGCUGUGGGAGGGUUGAGGUUGGGGGCGGGGCCGGUUGGGGCGGGGUGGGGGGGGGGGCAUGGACAUUGUGUCGGUGGGGGUGGGAAUAAUAACAGAAAUGGGUUAGGGGAUUGGGCUCUUAGUUAUGGGACUUACGGUCAGGUUUGGGUGAUACGAUGCACGGGAGGGGAGGGUGUUUGA